UAUAUUUAGUAAAUAAUUGUUAUGUCGUUUGAACAUUAGCCACGUAGAGCUUUUAUUUGGGUCUGUCCGCGCGUUAUGUUAGCUAACAGGACAACAGUCCUGCUAGGUCCUGCUACGUGGAUGUAAAGAAGCAAUUUUCUUCGAAUAACAAUUAUUAUAAUAUAACUACAAAUCUGUGCACCUAUAAAGUUACGGCAUAUCUUACUAAAUACAUUUUUGAAUAACUAGCCCGGGAGUGUGUGUACUGUCCAAACCUACGAUCAAUGAUGCUGCCUGCAGAACUUAAAAACUUGACGUCUAACUUAAAAAGUUAAAUGUAAACAUUUUAAGUUGAAAUGUAGCUUCGUAUUGUGAAUUAUAUUGAGGUAUUUUGAAAUUAGUAUUCGUUGACUGUUUCAGACAGUUUUUAACUAGUAAGAUCGAUUCUACACAUCUUUCAGUUACAUUUAAUGCUUAAGGAGAACAGUUUGGGACUUUUUAGGGCACAUAAUGGAUGUUUCUUGUCAUAUUAGACUUCUUUAAAGUUGACCACAUGUUAAAACAUUUUAGUUUUUAAUUGAAUGACUUGUAUCACUUAAAAUAUGCCACGAAUAGCCUUUUGGUCUAUCAAUGUUUAUUCAUUCAUUUUUACAUGUUGUAAAAGUUUAAAUGUCAUUCCUGGUGCCAUUACUUUGAAAUGUCCUGUUCCUGGAAAACAACUUAUUAAUUAACUUAUUUACUGUGGACAUCAUUUCAAAAUAAAAGUCGUGGUGGUAAUUCCUAAUAUACACCUGUAAUUUAAAGGUAAUUUCAAUCAAGGUCUUAAUUUCACACAUAUUCAAUAAAUCUGAAUACGUUAGUAGAGUGGAGUGAAGUAUGAGGAGCAAGAAAGGUUUUCCAGAAAUAUUACAGCUUCAAGAUGGAUGUGAAAUUGUUUAUUUGACUAAGAAUAGUUCUGUUGUUAAUGGUGACGUGGUGUCAAGUCAGCUUCAAAUCAGGUUUAUUAAAACUAUCGAAAGUUACCAAAUCCAACGAGGGCAAGGCAAGUGUGACGUGGCCUUCAUUCAAGUAUUACACGGUUAUUUUGGCCUUACAGGUGUCAUUUUCGCCUUUUGUUUGUUGUUUUCUUCGGUAAAUGUGUUUUUAUAAAGAAGCAUUGAGUAAGAUUGUAAUUGAUAGAAAACGGUUGAACUGCGCAGAGUUCGGCUCAGUCGAGGCAGCGGCGAGGAGAGAGGACAGAAAGCGGAGCGGCUCGCUUUCGGCUUUAUUAUGCUCCAUUCGAUCGGUUAUCACCCACAGAACUGACAGGACUCAUGGUGAAGAGAAAGAAGACGUCACCUACUGCCGAAAAGCGUGAAAAUUGCAUGACACCGGGAUCCAGGGAGGGGAUCGGGAUCGAUGGGAAGAGGAAUCCGUCCAGAAAGCCCGACGGUUGCGACGAGGAGGAGAGCGGAGAGCAGGCGAGCGAGGAGCGGAGUACAAAGGGAGACGACCGAGUGGAAAUUCUUAAUCCAUCAGCCACGGGUCUCAGCUCCGGUUCUGCCCAGGUCCUCCCUGCCUCCCCACCGAACCGGACCGGGCUAGGCUCGAACCAGCAGCCACCGACCUCGUCUGAACCCGCCCCUCCGUGUCACGACCAGCAUCAUUUUCUGCGAUCCAGCGUUCGACCUCCGAGCAAACGGAUACGGAAGGAUUCAAUCAGCGCGGCUAUCAAUGGACAUGGCGGGGCAAAAUCGAAAGGGGCAGAGAACGGUUCUUCUUCCCAUGGAGGUGUCGGACAGUCGGGGACUGUGGCUGGCUCCACAGGAGGAGUGUCCAAGGCAUCCAAGGGUCAGGGGUCCACUGAUAAAGACGAGCAGGCCGGUAACCAGAAGAGAGCCCGUCGACAGUGGGAGUCGUGGAGCGCCGAGGACAAAAAUAGCUUCUUUGAGGGGCUCUACGAGCAUGGCAAAGAUUUUGAGGCAAUCCAGAAUAACAUUGCGAUGAAGUACAAAAAAAGAGGCAAGCCUGCCAACAUGGUGAAGAACAAAGAGCAGGUCCGCCACUUCUACUACCGCACCUGGCACAAAAUUUCCAAACACAUCGACUUUGCCAACGUAUACAACCGCGUCCUGAAGAAAUCCUCCCAAGAACUGUACGGCCUCAUCUGCUACGCCGAGCUCCGCAAAAAAGUCGGCGGGUUGAUGGAUGAUAAGAAUGUGGCGAAGCUGAAUGAACUCAUCCAGCAGGGGGCAACCACAGUACGCUCCAAAGGGAGGAACCUGCGAAUAAAAGCACCCAUGUGCCGAGCCCUGAAGAAACUUUGCGAUCCAGAUGGAGUAAGUGAUGAGGAGGACCAGAAGCCAGUGCGUCUACCCCUGAAGGUGGCAGUGGAGCUCCAACCACGCAGUAAUUACUCCUGGGCCCGUGUUCAGACUCUCGCCCAUAAUCCUCGCCUCAGGAUGGUGGUGGAACUUCACAGGAAAGUUUCCAGCCUCAUCGAGUACCUGAAGCAGAAGUGGGCUUACCAAGACCAGAGAAUACUCAACAGUCUGAAGGAGAGAGAAGCUCUGGAGGGCAGCCAGUCCAUCACGGUCUCCCCCAGCAAGGGUCCGCAGGAGGAGCUGUGUCUUUUCCCGUCCGAGAACAGCACCUUGAUUACACUUCCUGGUGUGGCCCGGGUGGUUCACUCCAAAGCGUCUUGUACUGUGCAUUGGCUUGAGACCGGCAAGAACCGACCCAACGCCAAGGAACUGCCAGCGGCUCAGAUUCUAGGCAUCCACACGGCUGCGCCCAGAGGGACCAGCAAAUCUGGACGUGGAAGCGCGAAUGUCGGUGGGAUCUCUGCAGCUGCGAUAGCUGAUAGUCGUCGGACUGAAGGCUCUAAUACUGAACCGUCACCGGACAGUUCUGGAAAAGUGGAUGAAAAGAAACUUCAGCAUAUGGGGCUUCUUCCAGAAGAAGGAAACGGGACGGGAUCACCUGAGACCACAGAGGUCAACAGUGGCUUAUUGGCAAACCGAAGCACUGAGGGGUCAUGUGGCGUUGCGGAAAUCUCCAAUGAUCCGUGCAAAGAGGAGCCAAACGCCAGCACCUCCUCCCCAGAAACGGCAGCGACCCAUCCAGCCAAACCUGCUGCGGGCGGCUCAGAGGAGGCUGUGUCCCAACCGACAAAGGAGCGAACCGUCGAGCAGAUCAGAGAAGAGGGCUGGAGCGCGCGCGACACAGACGUCACCCUGGCCGAGCUCUACCUGAUGUUUGGAAAGCCGGGCAAACUGCAGCUGGAGUACGAGUGGCAGCAUGUGGUGGCUCCCUCCAGCAACCAAGAAGAGGGCCAGCCAUCGGUCCCGUCCAGGCCCAACAGAACAAACCGGGUUUUACGCUGCCUGCUGAAGCUGGUUCAAACCGAGGUUAAUCCUAAACCUUUGGCUCCAGAAGUUUGCUCUACAGCCACAUCGCCCCUUAAGAGCCAUCAGGAGGAGCAAAAUCAGUCCAUUACCCCCCCAGGAAAAGGUCCGAUCGCAGGCGUUCGCAGCCCCAACUGCAGCCGACAGCCGGCCUCCGUCCGAGUGGCGAGGAUCCACUCCCCAAACACAGGUGCCUCAGGUGGCCGUAACCUUCCUCGCUCCCUGCUGGGGGCGCCGAAUGCAGGCAGCGAUGCAGAAGGCGGCGUGUUUGCAGUACCCACCACACUACCUCCCAACAGUUCCCGCUACAACCGAAUGUUCUCCCCCAACAAGGAAGCGCAGCUCGCCUUCAGACAGCAGCUGGACUCCAUAAGUAUGCAGUCGGACCUUUUCCUUAACCGCCAAAGGAAACCAAGAAACAGACAACUCCGGAAACCCCUUGUAGUUCAGAGAACGCUGCUGCCCCGGACUACAGGAGACACUUCUCAACACGUCUGCUCCUUCUCCAUUCUUUCAAACUCCUCCGCUACAGGGACUGGAUCUUUUCGACCAAUCAAUACUCGUUUGGCUCCAUCCACUCGUCCUCCUCUGACUAAAACCUCGCCUGCAUCAUCUAGCUCUGCAGCAUCCAGCGAGCUCUCCAGUGCCAUCGACCUGGCGGCUAAGUCUGCGGGCAUCAUCCCUGGCAGUCCAUGUCCAGAUCUGGAUUCCUCCACUGUUGACGGCGCUUUGCUCACAACGCCACCCAUUGCUGAAGCAGAACCGGACACCCACCUCCUUCAGCAAAGCGUUCCAGAGAAUGGUCUGCCUCCACCGUCUCCUGGAGGGAGCGGAAGUCGAGACUCGCUCCUGUCUCCACCCAGCGUUGCCUCGCUUCUCGACAUCUCUCUGCCCGGACCUCCAGAAGAAGCUCUCGCGCCAGGAGAACCUCAGACACAAAUCAGUGACUCCAUCAUUGAGCUCGCCAUCAACUCAACACACUAUGGGGAGGAGGCAGCCCUCUCUCCAGCCAAGCUGGGCAAUGGGGAUCACUCCAAGCUGUUGGCCUCCUCUCCCUCCGUCAGCCCAUCAAGAGGCUGGAUUCCUUCACCAAGCCACGACCCCCAGUGGUACCCAAGUGACUCGAGUGACUCCACACUGGGUUGUCUUCUUUCUAGCAUGGUGUCUCCUGAUAAAAGCAAGAGGACCACCCUGACCCCCUCUGGCCCCUCCAGCGGCACAGCUCUGCUUGGUCCCAGCCUUCUGGACUGCAACUCCCAUGACUCCUUUCAAUCCCGUGGCCUUCCUGAUGUGGCAGAGAUGGACUCUCAGCUUGCCUGCAUGAUGAGUGAGAGCAGCGUGGACUACAUCGCUCGCUUCAACGACUUGGCUCAGGAGCUGGCAGUGACUGAGCCCUCCAUCCCACCUCCGUGACGAGGGAACCGGCUCCGUCAAGCCAUCUGCUUAGACGUUAGACGACCACCAAGAAACCUCUCGAAAGCCAUCGCCACUCUGUUUGUAAAAGUGCAAUAAUAACAGUGAACCCUGACCGUUUGGUGUCACUGAACUGUUCUUUAAGGUAAAACAUGCCCUUUAAAAACACUUUAGAGAAUAAAUAUAUAUGAGUUUACAAAACCCAACCUCAUGUACAGGAAAAGACUACGCCAUAUUUGAACAAAUAUCUCCUCCAGUCUGUCACGUCUCGUCCUGCUCUGUUGUUGUGUGCGAGUGUGCACAUCCAGCAAAGCCUUCAAGUCUGAUCCUGACCCGGUGGCCUCCGCAGAGUCCUGGACCCGAAUGUGAGGAGGCUGCAAAAGUGGCACACAGCAAAAGUGUGGCAUCGCACCAGUGUCCUCCCCCCACCCCUUCUGUUUCCAUGUGCUCCUCAUCUCAUGAUUCAGGUCGAACUGGUUUUUGUUUUAAACAGGCACUUUUGGAUGUUGGCUGCGUUCCAUUCAGCCUCAUAUGCAAAGGCAGCUUGUAUUUAUCACUAAUUAAAAUUCUCUGCAGUUUGCAUUUUUAUUUAGGUGCUUAAAGAAUUUCCAGGUUUGUUUGUUUUUUCCUUUUUCUAUUAGCUGUAGAAACAGAAUAUUUAUAUUUAAAAAGACAUUUUGCAUCCACAUUUCAGUUUUUUGGUGUCAUCAAACUCUUACGCCAUCCUUUUUUGUGUAGCAUCGUCAUAAAAGUUGAGAUUUGUUUAAAUUUCAGUGUAACUGAUUUGUUUUAAUUAUAAUUUUAAAAUCCAAACAUAUUUUAAAGGACAUCCCAUUUUUUAAUAUAUAAUUGAACAAAAAGGAAUCCUACAAAUUAAAAGCAGUAGUUUAACACUCAAUUUAAUCUUUACAAAAAGUAAGAAGAAUGUAUUUAAAUCAAACACUAAAGCCAUAAAUAAUUAAUAUUCAGCUUAAAUUGAGUCUUAAACUUUUUGAAGAAUUUACAAGAAUUCCCUCAGAGUAGCUUUGAACACUAAAGCAGCAUGAUUGGCUUCUAGACACGUGAAUUCUUGAUUUACAUGAUGUCACUCUUGUUAUUAAGACUGAAGGUAAAUUCAUCCAUACAGGUAUUUACUAUGUAAUAAAUACUGUGAAAACCAGGCCUGGUGCAUAAAAAUGUUGAAUUAGCAUAAUCAGUGUGAUGUUUGUUCCAUCUGUAGGAGUGGUUGGCAUUAUUCCACACCUUUUUGAGCAAAUUCCUUCAGGACCUUUUUUGAGGUUUUUUAAUGAACAAUCUAGAUAUGGUUUGUUCAUUAAUGUUAAAAACAAAAUCUCUGGAAUAACUUCAUAAUGUCACACUAGCUUCUAAGUAAGGAUUAGAAACAGCAGGUUUGGUUUAAAUCUGUUCAAUUUGUGUUUUUCUGUUGUACAAAUUCCAAUACUCACUGCGCUUGUGUAACAUAAUGUACAUUGUUAUUUGGACUAUUUAUUAACAUUUCGGAUAGAGUGCUUUCUGUUUAACUUAAUAUUAAGGUGACAUUUAAAAAGGAAAACCAAUUUGAAGUUUUCAGUUUGUAAAAGGUGUUUUUAUUCCGUGUAUAAAGAUAGAUUUAAACCUG